AUGCUCAGAAACAAAAUCGCAGCCGCCUUCACAGCAAUCAAGAACCAUGUCUCAAGAUUCCAAGUUCGUCGAGGCUCAACUGCAUCCCCUUUGAUUCCAGGAGCAGGUCUCCCGCACAAGACAUCCAAGCCUUCCGCAAUCGACCAAAAGACCAAACCGCCCGCCCACUCCAUCCUCCCGACCAACGUGCUACUACGGUCACUUCUAGUUACCACAAUAUCAUCCAAUUGGAUCCUUCGAGUUCCAUCUCUGUCAAUUCUGUUGUUACUUGCCAAGGCAAAAGGUCCUUUGUUCAAUGUGGACAGGAAUCCGUUCAUCCACGGCUUUCUGAAGAGAACUCUGUAUGACCAUUUCUGUGCCGGUGAGGUGGAAGGUCAGGUGCGAGAUACUAUUCGACAACUUAAGGAUACAGGGCUACGGGGUGUUAUCUUGACAUACGCAAAAGAGACCACCCGGGAUGACCGCUUAGCAAAACAAAAGGAAGAAAACAAUGAAAGAAUGGAGGCAUUGGAAAGCGACAAAGACGAAAUGAUCCAAGCUUGGACGGACGGCGUACUGAGAACAAUAGACAUGAUUGGCGAAGGUGAUUACCUAGCACUCAAGUUGACUGGAGCCGGUCCCCAAGUCACACACGCCUUAACCAGCAACACACCCCCACCACCCCAAAUGCUCGAAGCCCUCGACGAAAUAUGCCGCCGCAUCGUACAAAAGAAUGCUCGUAUUCUAAUGGACGCCGAACAACGCGCUUUCCUCGACGGAAUUUACUCAUGGACCCUCGACUUGAUGCGCAAGUACAACCGAGACGGCAGGGCCGUCGUGUACAACACUUACCAGGCCUAUCUAAAAGCUACACCGGACGUUAUCGCGGCACACAUGCAGGCAGCCGGAAGUGAAGGAUUUAUUCUCGGUCUGAAGCUGGUUCGUGGGGCGUACAUGGGCUCGGACCCGAGGCAUUUGAUCCAUGAUACUAAGGAGGAGACUGAUACGGCAUAUGAUACCAUUGUGCAAAGUGUGCUGUCGAGACGGUUCAACGGUUUUGGUGGGGAGAACGAAAAGGUGUUCCCGCCUACGGAUCUAUUCCUAGCAUCUCAUAACUACAAGAGUGUCAUGGCUGCUCAUAAUCUGCACCAGACCCGGAUAAGCGCACAACUCCCCACAGUCCAGGUGGAGUACGGGCAGCUCAUGGGAAUGGCCGAUGGGGUGAGUUAUGGGCUGUUGCAAGUUAAGGGCCACAACAAUAUGUCCCCGGGAGUCUACAAGUGCUUGACGUGGGGAAGUCUUGGAGAAUGUUUGCAGUAUCUCGUGAGACGGGCGAUGGAGAACCAGGAUGCAGUGGCACGGACCGAUUCAGAACAUCAAGCGUUGAAGGCAGAAGUGAAGAGGAGAUUUCUGGGGGUUUUGUGUGGUUAG